GGCCCGACAACAUCGAAGCCUGGUUUUGCUACGCAGAAGCCGACUUCUCCGAGCACGGCGUGAUCGACACACGUGCACAAUUCCUCGCAGUAGUCAAGGCACUACCGCGCUAAUUCAACAGGUACGUAACACCUAGUAUGUUUACUAGUGAUGUUCCCGAUCCUUACGAAAUCUUAAAACGCUCGAUUCUUAAACGAGGAGACCUAACCGAUCGACAAAGGUUAGAUCAACUCUUCAAUAACAUCGACCUGCAACACGGUUCUGCGACGGACAUGUUGCAACGGAUGAGAGAGAUUAUAGGCCCAAGAACUUUCGACGAAGGUCUAUUCAAACAACUCUUCUUGUCAAAACUUCCCCAACAGGUGCAAGCAGUUCUGGUCUCGUUCCAGAACAACGCCUUAGACGAGCUAGCUGCAUCUGCCGACCGCAUUUUAGAAAUUACGAAACCUUCUACUACCGAGGUAUUUUCAGUCAAAGAAAAACCUCAAACGACUCAGAAUGACAUAACCGAGUUAUGUCAUACACUCACGCGUUAUCUUAAUCUUCGUGCCGACCGCAAGAGAUCGCGCACACCACGUAGAAGCAUUUCUCGUAAGCGAUCUGUCUCUAGACCACGAGAGACAGAUAACCCCGACUGGUGCUGGUAUCAUAACCAGUAUGGAAAGUUUUCCAGAAAUUGCAGAAAACCCUGCAAUUUUCCCAACACGAAACCGACUGAUUCGAAAAGCAAUUCGGGAAACUUCCAAGCCGGCACGCGUUAACGGCAACCGUAGCCGGUGAACAAAGCCGUCUGUUAUUCGUCACAGAUGUGACAACGAGAGUUCGCUAUCUCGUCGACACUGGCGCAGAAGUUAGCGUUCUCCCAGCAAAUCCUAACGACCGACUACACGAAUCGACCCUAAACUUACAGGCGGCAAACGGAAAACCGAUCGCUACAUAUGGCAAAAGGUACGUUUACCUUAACGUGGGUUUACGCAAACCCAUUCACUGGAUCUUCGUUGUUGCUGAUGUUUCUAUGCCAAUCAUUGGUAUGGAUCUUCUACAACACCAUAAUCUGAUCAUCGACACGCGCAAACGGAAGCUAGUAGACGGAAACACUAAUUUAUCCGUUUGCGUAACUUCUUUUACUGGUUGCAAAUUAUCCCCAGUCACAAUUAAAUAUAUGAUAGACCCACUCUAUCAGCCACUUCUCGAUAAGUAUCCUGGGAUACAACAAACGCAACCGAGAUUACCGUGUGUAACCAGCAACGUUACAUCACAUCACGACUACAGGACCACCUGUAUUUUCUAAAGCACGUCGACUAGCUCCCGAAAAGCUAAGGUUAGCGAAAAACGAAUUCGACCAUAUGAUAGACUUAGGAAUCAUAAGACCGUCAAAUAGCCCAUGGGCGCCUACGUUGCACAUGGUCCCUAAAAAGGACAGCAACGAUUGGCGUCCAACUGGUGACUAUCGGCGAUUGAAUGAGAAAACCAUUCCCGAUCGUUACUCGUUGCCUCACAUUCACGACUGGAAAGCUACCUUGAAAGGUACAACUGUCUUUUCGAAAAUCGACUUGGUUAAAGCGUAUAACCAAAUCCCUAUGGCUACUGACGACAUACCGAAAACAGCUAUCAUAACUCACUUCGGACUCUAUGAAUUUUUGCGAAUGCCCUUCGGUCUAAGAAACGCUGCUCAAACAUUCCAAAGAUUCAUAGACGACGUUUUUCGAGGUCUCAACUUCGUACAUGCGUAUGUGAAAUAGCAAGUCCAGACAGAGAAUUGCAUCUCAAGCAUAUGGAUCUUGUUUUCGACCGACUACAAAAACAUGGCAUUACUGUAAACAUUCAGAAAUGCCAAAUCGGAACCGACUCAUUAGACUUUCUGGGACACACUAUCGAUGCUCAAGGAAUUCGACCCCUUAGAACCAAAGUGGUGGCCAUUCUGCAUUACCCAGAACCGACCACCGUCAAGCAAUUACGCACGUUUAACGGCCUCGUAAGUUUCUAUAGACGUUUCAUACCGAAAUGCGCAUUACUUAUGAAACCUCUGACCGACCAACUUCGUGGAAAUGCGAAAUCCACCAAUCUGGACGACAGAGCGCGAAAAGCAUUCUCCACAGUUAAGGAACUUACCGCUAAAGCCACAAUGCUCGCACAUCAGGACACCGAAGCACCCAUUAGUAUCGCAGUAGACGCAUCGGACUCGGCAACCGGUGGCGUCUUACAACAAUAGGUUCACAACUCCUGGCAACCCUUGGCAUUUUUCUCUAGACGGUUGCUAGACACCGAAUCGAGGUACAGCACAUUCGGUAGGGAACUCCUAGCUAUGUAUUGUGCUGUACGGCAUUUCCAACACUAUAUCGAAGGCCGUGAAUUCACUCUUUUCGCAGAUCAUAAACCGCUCACUUUCUCGUUAAGCUCUCCUUCUGACAAGUACUCUCCCCGUGAGUCUCGACAACUGGACUACAUUUCGCAGUUUACUUCAGAUAUUCAACACAUCUCUGGAGCAAACAAUGUAGUUGCAGACGCCUUAUUUCGCAUAACUUCCUUGAACAGUUUCCAAGGAAUCGACCUUCUUAAACUCGCCGAGCUUCAAAAAGAAGACACUGAUCUUCAGCACGAGUUAUCGUCCACAACCCUUAAACUACGUAUCAAACAGAUGGGAACAGGUAAGGAAACCUUACUUUGUGACACAUCUACAGGUAGGGAUCGCCCAAUCGUGCCGAAAAAUUAUCGACGCAAUGUCUUCAAUACAUUGCACAAACUUUCUCAUCCAGGUGUUCGUGCAACCAUCAAGCUUAUGGCAGAACGGUUUUGCUGGCCUGGCAUGAAUAAAGACGUGAGGGAGUGGGCACGCUCCUGUGUAAGCUGCCAAAAAUCUAAGGUUAUCAGACACAAUAAAUCCCCCUUAGGCUCGUUUAAAACUCCCGAUGCUCGUUUCGACCAUGUUCAUCUGGAUUUGGUAGGACCUUUACCAGAUUCAAAUGGAUACUCUUAUCUCUUAACCUGCGUAGACCGUUUCACUCAAUGGCCAGAAGCAGUACCUAUCAAGGACAUCACUGAUGAAACAGUGGCCCGCACCUUCGUCGAACGAUGGGUAGCAAACUUCGGCUGCCCUUCAACCAUCACUACAGACCGCGGACGCCAGUUUGAAUCCGAACUUUUCCGUCAUCUGACCACACUUUUGGGAAUCACUCGAUUCCGAACGACCGCCUACCACCCACAAGCAAACGGGUUGGUAGAACGUUUUCACCGACAACUAAAAGCUUCACUAUCAGCUGCAAACGUUUCACAGUGGACCGACGGUCUUCCACUUGUCUUAUUAGGUAUUCGCAAUGCAGUGAAAGCUGACAUUGGAUACAGUGCGGCUCAACUCGUUUAUUGAAUGACGCUUCGACUUGCAGGAGAAUUCGUAGAUCCUUCAUCCUCGUCAAUGAACAUGGAUCUAACCUCCUACACGAACAGGCUUACAAACGCAAUGCGUUCAGUUAAACCUGCUUCCACUCGACCUCAAUCAACUGAUGUUUUCGUUCAACCUGACUUACGAUAUAGUACACACGUUUUCGUUCGUCGAGACUCGCAUCGACGACCAUUCGAAUCAGCAUACGAAGGAACUGUCAAAGUUCUUCAACGUGAAUCUAAGUACUAUAUAGUCGAUAAGAACGGAAUCAACGAUAGCAUCAGCAUCGAUCGCUUAAAAGCAGCAUAUUUAGAAGGAAAUCCUAUUCACGUCGACUUUCCUUCGGUACAAUCGCACAACGCGACUCCUACACUCAUAAUUCCUCAACCGACAACCAACACUAGCGAUGAUACUCCGAAUGUAUCUGAAAAUAUACCUAAAACGACGCGUUCUGGAAGAAGAGUAAGAUUUCCAGAACAUUUAAACGACUACUGCACGUAAGGCACUACUCGACAUUUUAUAUUAUCCCGAUCUUUCUUUUUAACGAUAUAUAAUUUUUUCAUUAAAAAACAAUUUUAAUAUGCCUAUAUACUUAUAUUUUUAUUUAAAAAAAACAAAAAAAAAAGAAAAAUUAUUUUUUUUUAACGCUAUUACUUGUGCUCGAGUUUAUUUUCCAUUUUUUUUCGCCGGCAUUGUGUUUUUAUGCACAUACCAGUGUAUUGCGACAUGCACUUACACUUUCUUUUUUCUUUUCCAGGACGGCUGGAAAAGAACGAUGCAGUUUACGAGGAGUCGAAGUUUUCGUUGCAACUUUUUUUUUACUAUGUUGUACCUCGGUCCCAUAUAGUAAGGAAAGACGACCAGACGCUGCUACACUUAGUAAGCUAUCAGAAGAGUGUUUACCAACGACAAACUCGUUGGGUUUAAACUUCUGGCUGGCCACAUCUUAGGGUCGUCACUGCCCCACUAGGGGGAGUGAUCUGUAGCGGUAAAUAAAUCCCCAAAAUAAAUAGCACUAAGUUUUCGACAUUGGAUGCUGACCAUAUGUUUUAGUGGACUCAUCUAGCUGAAGGCGCUCGGUCAGGCAUCCGCACCAGAUCACGUGUGGUAACGCCGUGCUCAACAUCAACCGCAAUCGCUAGCCAGAUUAGAUCACAGAAUUCCGAUAUAUUGGUCAACGCCAAAUAUACUCUUCCGAUCUCCUCGACUCUGUCUUUUGAUUUCUCUGGGCGGGAACGAAAUAUAUUAGAAGGUGUUACUGGUAGAAGCGUUGUCAAACACUGAAUACCUGUGACAUCAUCAACCACUUUUCUUCGUAGUGUAUCUCUCUAUUCAUCAGUGGAACAUUUAAGUGUAGCACAGAUGAUAUAUUUCAAAUUUCGACAUUCGCUACUGUACUAUAGUGCUGUAGUGACUCAUCUUUAUCACGAGAACACGACUGGUUUAUUGAAAACAAUUAUUAUUGUAACUGAUUGUACCAGUGACUGUUUUAAUGUGCUUUGUUUAACUGCACUAAACAGCAUCCACUAUUCACACACUUUGACUGUGACUUCGCGCGAAUUCGGUUACGUUCUGUAACCAAGCUUGUACCCUGGCACGAUCUCGGUAUCCUUUCGAUACCACGAGAUCGCCAGCAAAUAUAUCUCGACUUGGUCCAUUAACUACCUUCUGAUAUUUGGCUUCUAGUGGAAUUUAUGGAUUUAUUUGGCACGCGAUCCUUUGUAGUGGUGUUCAUAGUCAAUCCCAAUUCGACACCACGCUACAACUGGUGAGCCGUAUUUUGGAACACGCCCCAGCCUCUGGUCAAAUCUUCCAAAGAAGCCAAUUUGGUGAUUCUAUAGUUUACCUAUCCACGUCUGUCGUAUAUUUUCAUAUUAUCUUUUAAUGUAUAAUAUACUCGACAUGACGGAUAACGAUAAGAACAGUAUUAAUAUAAUAGACUCACAUGUAUGUGUACCGGAUCCUUGUCACUUUUUAUUCGCGUGACGGUAAAUUCAACGCUUUAUCCGAGAAAUUUUCCCCUAUUAACUAUUCUCCUCGCUGACCCGGCUGCUUGGUACGGAACGCAUACGCAUUACCGUCUACCACCCAGCACCAAAUGGUUAAGUUGAACGGUUUCACUGCCAACUUAAAAGUGCUCUACGAGCACACGAAAACGGCAACUGGUACGAAACCUCACGGCUCGUUCUCUUAGGCACCGGAACAAGCUUGAAGGCAGAUAUCCAAUGUUCCGCUGCUAAACUUGCAUACGGCACGACAUUGCGUCUGCCCGGAGAAUUCUUCACACCACGGAGCAGACCUGAUUUCGGUAAAUCAGACUACGUCCAUCGACUGUCUGCAUUUAUGCGAACGCUGUCUCCGGUGUCAACUUGAAUACAACAUCGACAGGUCGCUCUCCCUCGAGAGUUAUCUACCUGUUCACAUGUUUUUGUACGAGUAGAUUCGGUACGCAAACCUUUGCAGCAGCCUUACGAAGGCCCUUUUCACGUGAUCGCUCGUCACGUAAAGACCUUCAAGGUUGAUCGAUAUGGACGCGUCGAGAUCGUCAGCGUUGAUCGUCUCAAACUAGCACACGUCGAUGACGGUGCCCUAUCUGAUAACAUGAGAUUCAAUGCUAGACCUAUCAAACCUAGCGGGGUCCUUAAAUCUUCUUCAGAUCCCACGCUAGAUAUAUCUGAGACCUCAUUCUCACAUCCCGGUCAACAGCACGCGUCAUCUGCACCAUCUACGGACGAGACGAUAGUCUCACGUCCAGAUCAGCAGACCACGCCGCCUCUGACCUCGGAUGAGAUUGCAGGCUCACGCGAUACGAACGAGACUGCCGUCUCACGUUCCGGUCGCCGAGUACGGUUGCCCGUACGCUUCCGCGAAUAGUCGCACAGUCAACAACCGAUAUGGUGUAGGAUUAUUCCUAUACUACACGCAUGCUACACUUCUCUUUUUUGAUUUUCUUUUUGUUUCCUGAGCCCACGCCUUCGACCAUCUCCGUUUGGUUUCGUCGACUUCAGUCAACUUUGACGAAAGCUGAAUUGGCCACCCAUGCUCUUGUCAACGAACUCAGUCGAUAUAUUGGUUUCGAAUGCUUGGCAUACGCUUGGUCUCGAACUUGGUCGUUAUGGUCGCUUCUGGUCUUUUGGCUCAACGUGGUUUCGUCCUUCGUCUGCAGCGUUUCUGGUCCGCAUUCCCUACGAACGCCCUCUUCAGAUUCUGGAUACAAACCACUCUCGUGUAGCAUGCCAACUCAAGCAACAAAUACAGCACAUCGCUCCUGGUACCGUUCUCCGAAAACGACCUUCGUUGGCAACUCGACGAUCAAUGAUCGCAUUCCUGUUCCGCCAAUUCUUCCGUACUACAAUCGCUCGUCAGCCGAUCAGUCCCACGAUUUAAACCGCUAUUUAUCGAAAGUGUAAACCCUUUCUAGCGGGGGGCCCCUGUAGUGACUCACAUUUAUCACGAGAACACGACUGGUUUAUUGAAAACAAUUAUUAUUGUAACUGAUUGUACCAGUGACUGUUUUAAUGUGCUUUGUUUAACUGCACUAAACAGCAUCCACUAUUCACACACUUUGACUGUGACUUCGCGCGAAUUCGGUUACGUUCUGUAACCAAGCUUGUACCCUGGCACGAUCUCGGUAUCCUUUCGAUACCACGAGAUCGCCAGCAAAUAUAUCUCGACUUGGUCCAUUAACUACCUUCUGAUCUUUCGCUUCCGGGGGAUUUUAUGGAGUCAUUUGGCACGUGUUUCAUGGUAGCGGUGUUCAUAGCCAAUCGCAACUCGACGCCACGCUACAGUGUGGCAAGAAUGUAG